CGGUUCGUCGAUUGAGAUUGGUGUUACGAGGGCAUGGUUUCUACAUAGCUAGGCUUUGGAGUGCAAACUUGCAAUGGAAGACUGUGUAUGUGCGUUGCUGACGAGGGCUCUAUGUACAGCUGCAUAUGGCUCAAACGGGUCAUUAUCCUUUUUAGUUGCCUGGUUUUGUGAUCCUAUAGCGUCUGUCAUUAUGGUGCGUCUCUAUUUUCGGCAUAUGAAUAACCUACCCUGACCCAGUCUAUUCUGCAACAUUCUUCGCCCCGCAGGAUCUCUAGGGCAUCUCCCCCAGUGCAAGUGGUG